GGGCUGGCGCUGCGGCGAAGGCAAGAGGGAAGGAAGCGCGCAGUGCCCACCCCCGCUGCUCGGAGCCGGAGGUGCAGCGAGACGCCAGCCCUAGCCCUAGCCCGGCGGCAGGCCGGUGCCGACCCCGACCCCGCGAGGCGGCCCUUCCCUGCGCAGCGGUGGCAGCGGCAGGCGGGAUGACGGCGGAGGAGAUGAAAGCGGACGGGGCUCCCUUGGAGGGGGCGGACAUCACCCCCAAGCGCGAUGAGGGUGUUCUCAAGGUUGUCAAGAGAGAAGGAAGUGGGACAGAGUCUCCAAUGAUAGGUGAUAAAGUGACCGUCCAUUACACAGGAUGGCUUCUUGAUGGCACAAAAUUUGACUCCAGUCUAGACAGGAGAGACAAAUUUUCAUUUGACUUGGGGAAAGGUGAGGUGAUCAAAGCAUGGGACAUUGCUGUGGCAACUAUGAAGGUUGGUGAAAUCUGUCGGAUUACAUGUAAACCAGAAUAUGCCUAUGGCUCAGCUGGGAGCCCCCCAAAGAUACCUCCCAAUGCUACACUGAUUUUUGAGAUAGAACUUUUUGAGUUCAAGGGGGAGGACCUCACUGAUGAUGAGGACGGUGGCAUCAUCCGAAGAAUCCAUAAAAAAGGGGAAGGCUACUCCAAGCCCAACGAGGGUGCGCUUGUAGAGAUCCAGUUUGAAGGCCGAUACGGAGAUCGUGUUUUUGACAGACGGGAAUUGCGGUUUGAGAUUGGAGAAGGUGACAACUAUGAUCUUCCUCAUGGUCUGGAGAAAGCAAUUCAAAAAAUGGAGAAAUCUGAGGAAUCCGUGUUCUAUCUCAAACCCAACUAUGGUUUUGGAAGUGCUGGGAAGGAGAAAUUUCAGAUCCCUCCAGAUGCAGAGCUACAGUACGACGUGAAACUCAAAAGCUUUGAAAAGGCUAAGGAGUCUUGGGAAAUGAACACAGAUGAGAAGCUCGAACAAAGCUGCAUUGUGAAGGAGAGAGGCACUCAGUACUUCAAGGAGGGGAAAUACAAACGGGCAGCGUUACAGUAUAAGAAGAUUGUGUCAUGGCUGGAGCAUGAAUCAGGACUCUCUGAGGAGGAGGAUACAAAAGCCAAAAGCUUGAGGCUUGCUGCCCACCUUAAUCUAGCUAUGUGCCAUCUCAAGCUGAAGGAAUACUCCCAGGCUUUGGAGAACUGCAACAAGGCUCUCGAAUUGGAUAGCAACAAUGAAAAAGGCCUCUUCCGGCGUGGAGAAGCACACUUGGCUGUCAAUGACUUUGAAUUGGCCCGGGGAGAUUUCCAGAAAGUGAUACAACUUUAUCCAAGUAACAAAGCUGCCAAAGUGCAAUUGGUAACUUGUCAGCAAAAAAUACGGGAGCAGCAUGAGAAAGAGAAAAAGAUGUAUGCCAACAUGUUCCAAAGGCUUGCAGACAAAGACUUAAAAUCAGCUGCUACCCUUCAAACCAGCCACACUGAAGAUGCAGAAAUGAAAGAUGAGCGGAAUGGAGUUGAAGAGAAAUUGGAAGUUAACGCAGAAGCAUAAAAACAAACCCUAUUCCAUUAGUUUUGUAAAUGAAAGAAUUUCCAGUGAAUUAGACCUUUAUUUUUCUACCUGGUUGUACAGUGGCUUCAGGGGAGCAGAGGCUGAAGCCACCAUGCCACAGUCAGUUACAGCUUUAUAUGUCUGUGAAGCUGAGUGGCAGCAUAAAUCUGGUUUAAUCCUAGGGACUUUAUUUAUUCAUUCAGCCUCUGUUACUGUUUGGGUUCUGUCUGGAUUUACUCUGCUUGGCUUAUUUGCAUUUUGCCAUUGAUGUUUGUCUCUUUCUGGUUCUGGCUCACUUCAGUCCCAGGUUCUGCUACCUAAAUUUAUUUCCUUGAUUUCUUUCAAGUAAUUGGCCUUUUCCAGGAGUCCUCACAUGAGACUUGAGAACAAAUUGGCACUCCCAGUUCUUCUGCCUUGGCAUUGCCCCCUCCCCCUGUUCAGUAGGGACAGUUCCCACCUACAUUAAGUUUUGUAACCUUCCUUGUAUGCCUCCUCUUUGCAAAUUGCUGAAGGUGAAGACUGUGAAGUCACAGCUUAAGUAAUAAAGCUCCAAUUAAACUCAAGAAAACAGAACUUUUCGUGGGUUUUUAUUGGAAUUUGCACAGAAUUAAGAGAAUUUACUGUCCUUCGAUCAUUCAGUGUUUUCUCAUCCAUGUAGUUGUAGAGUAGCCACAGUAUUCAAUUAUUUUUCUGUGUUUGUUCAUUGCCGUAGAAAGUUCCCACAGUAAUUGAUAUGGUAUUUACCCAUAUAUUUGCAAAAGGAAAAAAAAAUGUUGCUGAAAUUGUAUAAAAAGUGUAUAACUUAUGCAUAGAGCUUAUUUUCUGUUCAUAUUGCUACCUUCCUCUUCACCCUCUACACUGUAAAAUUGGACCAGAAAAAAAACCAUCAUUUAUUUACACCUGAAAGUGACUGGCUUUGAAGAGAAAAUAAGUGAUAAUGGUUUAACACAUUACAAAUACCUCUAAUUCCUAAUGAACUGCAAAUGUCUGAGUGAUUCUAAUGUCUGCUUAUCCCCAUCUCACAAGAAAGCUAUUGCUUGAUAUUCUGCUUCUUCCUGCCGUAUGUUGUGUGUCUUAUUUGGGGGUGGGUGUGCUUUUGGGGUUUGUGUGGGCUUUUUAUUGGGGUGGGUUUUUUUGUUUGCAGGCAUGGAACAUAGUACUCAAACUUGCCUUCUCUGUUUAUCCUGUCUUAUGGUGUGUUAAACUUGGCAUCUCCACUGUUCUGUUCUGAGACUCUAGCAGCAGGGACACUUUUUUGCCUGCUCUUGCAGGAGGAAGGUUGAUAAUGUGUUCCUUGCAGAUACAAAAAUGGAUUUUUUGCAGUGAGAAGAAUGUCUUUCCAUAGCAUGGGAUGGGCUGGAAUUGUGCAUAUAUUGCAGAGAUCCCUGUUUUAACAUGAAUGACCUCUGAAAUCUUAGCUUGAAUUUCUGGUCUCCAUUGCUGAGACAGAAGUACUGUAUAAGCAUGUAUUCAUGGGGUUCUCAUGGGCCAGGAGGUUGCCAGUACCUGCCCCUGCAGGAGUGCCAGCUGCAUUGCCAAACUGUCCCCAAAGCAGUAAGGCCUGCUUGGCAUGCUGUAUGCUGUCCGGCCCCCAGGCCUGAGACAAGAACUGCUCUCUGUAUGGUGUAGCAAUGCCCUGAGCUUCAGUGGGCUGGGGGAGGGAUAGGAGAAGAGGUAGGCUUAGUGUGCUUGGUAGGUCAUCACACUUAAGGAAAUGUCAAUUGGAUUUGCUUAGCAAAAUCUUGGCUUUAGAUAUCUAAUGUGAGUGCUUUUCAUGAGUUCUGGCUCAGUAGUAUCUGCCCUGUGUAAGUAAAAACUUUCACCUUCUACCGAAGCUCGACUACCCCCAAAGAGGGGGGAAUGUUAGUUUACCACAAGGUGUGAAGAAUGUCUGUCAACUGAAGUUACAAGAGGGGACUUCCAGACACAGAAGAACCGUAAGGGGAGCAGGAAUGUCAAGCAAGAGUUCCUUUUUUCCAGCAAAGAAAUAGCUUGAUUUGUUGGGAAUUACUGGAAAUAUGAGCCCCUGUGGCUGAAACUGUUGUGAAAGUAAGCAUAGGGCCAAGUCCUAAUGAUAAAUUUCUAAUUCUUGAAUAACACUUUUGAAAAUCUCCCACAGGGGAUGACAGUCCUUCAAUGUGUUUUUGAAAGCAAAAAGAUUAUAGAGCGUCUAUCGCAGAGUCAGUGGUGGAUAUGUUAAGUGUGAGCAGUCUUGAAAGUACCCUUUUGCCCUCAUUGUUACUAUUACCAACUGAAAUGUUUAAGAAUGUAAAUCUACUAAGGACACUAAAUGUGCUCUUCAGGCAGCUGAACAGAGGUUCUAUGCUGUCCUUAAAAAUGGGUCUAGUUGCCAGCAGAAGAUGGCAUACUAGUGUUUAUAAGUGAGGUCAUGCAUGUAAACUUCAAAUAUAAACUAUUUGUUAUGUCCUUAUAGAAAAAUGCUUAAAAUAAACAAUUACAGUACUGACUUUGUAAACCA